CAUUCUCUGUGUGGUGAUCAUGAAAAUUUGCACAUGGUUGUUGGUAUAGAUCGAGCUCCAACAUGGCCAACUAUCUCGCUCAGUUCCAGACCAUCAAGAAUUCACUCGAUCAUCUCGUUAUUGCUGGAUCUUGAUGAGUUCAAGACCAUUCUCAAACCACGGCUAAAACUAAUUGUCCAAAAUGAUGAACAGGAAUGGUUUAUUGUUUUUGUAUCCAAGGCACAUCCAAACAAUGAUCAAGCCACCAAAUUGGCAAAUAAAGUUUAUGCCAAACUUGAAGUUGAUUUUAGCUCCAAGAAGAGAGAGAGGUGCUGCAAAUUCGACCUAUAUAGUGCUGAAGAAACCUUUUGGGAAGACUUGGAAUCCAAGAUAAUGGAGUGCAUCAGAAAUACAUUGGAUAAACCACAUGAGUUUUCUAUCUAA